AUGCACGGCCACGUAACAAAAGAGAUGGAUGUUGUUGGAGCAUCCGCCGAUGAAAUUUUGGCCGUGUACGGUUCAAAAGAUCUUCCAAAGCUCAUCGUCACUCUCCAACCAGAUGUUUUCGAGAAAAUCGAUUACGUCAAAGGUGAUGGAGGUCAGGGUACUAUCUUGCAUAUCGUUAUGGCCCAAGGAAUACCAGGGCCACAUGAAUGGAGAGAAAAGUUUGUGACAAUUGAAAACUGUAGAAGGGUGAAGCAGCUUCAACAGAUUCAAGGAGGAUAUCUUGAUAUGGGAUUUUCUUUGUACAAAGUCACAUAUGAAAUCCUACCUAAGCACCACAAUUCUUGCAUCAUUAGGUCUACGGUCCAGAUUGACCUUGAUGACAAGAAUUUCGAAACCAACGCUAGUCUUAUCACCGUUGAUUCUAUGUGGGAUAUGUCAAAAUCUAUUGCCAAAUAUGUUCUUGAUAACAAAGCUAAACAGUAG